AUGGCGUUGGAUGGUAAAAUUGCUGUGGUGACUGGAGCUGCAAUGGGCAUAGGAAAAUCAAUGACAGAGAUACUGCUGCAAAAUGGUGCUAAGGUAACUCUCCUGGAUGUGAAUGCGAGUGCAGGGAAGAGUUUGAAGGAAUCCCUCGACAAACAGUACGGACGAGAGAAGACCCUGUUCCUGAGCUGCAAUGUCGAGUCAGAUGAGCAGAUCAAAGCUGCCUUUCAGAAAAUCAUAGAAACCUUUGGUAGAAUCGACAUCAUAUGCAACAAUGCCGGCAUACUGAAUGAGAACAAGUGGGAGAAAACCGUCUCCAUAAACCUUCUAGGUGUUAUCAGGGUGACCUACUUGGCUCUGGAGCACAUGGACAAGACCAAUGGAGGUCAAGGAGGGGUCAUUGUCAACACAGCAUCCAUGGCAGGUCUUGGCCCUCUACUGAGCUGUCCCGUCUAUACAGCCACCAAGUACGGCGUGAUCGGCUUCACUCGAGCCAUGGCAGCUGCCUCCACUGCAUCAGGUUACGGUGUUCGGUUCUGUGCCCUUUGCCCAGGUUUCGUCCAAACUGACCUCUGCUCCACUAUUUUAGACAACCUAGGACAAUUCUCUCACCUGGCUGAUGCAACACAGAAAUAUGUAGACCAAGGGGUGAUGAAGUGAGUCUUUUCUUGUA